AUGGCUUUCUUUGAGGGGACUGUACUGUUGUACGGCUUAGCGUGCUUUGCAUCUGUUGGACAGUUUCUUUUUGGCUAUGACCAGGGUGUGCUGGCAGGCAUUCUAGUCAACCACGACUGGCUUCAGACGUUCAAUUAUCCCACUGAAACAAUGCAAGGUUUCGUCGUUUCUAUCUUUUUGCUUGGUGCCUGGCUGACAUCCUACGGUGCGCCAUGGUCGAUGGACCGUCUCGGCCGUCGAUGGACAAUUGAGAUUGGUGCUCUGGUGUUCAUUGUCGGGGGCAUCCUGCAAACGGUAUCCGUCACGCUGGUUCAAAUCUUGUUUGGUAGAUUGAUCGCAGGUUUUGGUAUCGGCUUUUUAAGUACGGUCGUCCCGGUCUAUAUGGCCGAGUUAAGCCGUGCUCACAACAGAGGCAAGGUCACCGUUGCCGGAAUGAGUAUCAACAUGUUUGGUUAUGCUUGCUCAGGCUUUAUCGACUACGGCUUCACCUAUGUCCCAAACGAAUGGUCAUGGCGUGGUCCCUUGCUCUUGCAGUGUGUCUUUGCAGUAAUCCUUGCGGUUGGCUGCUUCAUCUUCCCUGAAUCCCCGCGCUUCCUUGUCAAGAAGGGUGACCAUGAACGAGCACUCAAUAUAUUAGCUCGAUUGCACGGUAAGCCCGAGGAUGACAAGGACGUCCAGCAAGAAUGCCAGGAGAUUAUCAAUGCAGUCAACUACGAAGCUGCCCUUGGCCAAGCUAGUUGGAAGGACAUGUUCACCACCAUGCGUCGUCGUUCAAUCAUUUCGAUCAUGGUACAAGCGCUUGCCCAGUUAUCCGGUAUCAACAUUGUCACGUACUACGCACCCAAAAUGUAUGAGCGUGUACUCGGCGAGGGCCGCAUGCCGAUCCUGAUGGCAGGCUUCACUGCCCUGGCGUAUUUUGCUGGCGCUGUAGUAGCCAUCUUUUUGGUGGAUCGAGCAGGCCGUCGUAAAUUGUUCAUGAGUGGCAGUUGCUUGAUGGUGAUCUGGCUUAUUCUCAUGGCUGUCUUCAACAAGUAUGAUCUGGGCCUCACCUCUGCGAUUCUCGUAAUCGUAUUUACUAUGAUUUACGUGUUCACUUUUGGUACCUCAUGGGCUUGCGUUGGAUGGUUGUAUCCGGCCGAAAUCUUCCCACUGCGUGCUCGCGCCAAAGGAAUGUCGCUGGCCGCCUCCUCUAACUGGCUUUGCAACUUUGCCGUGGGUCUCUGGACACCUGAGCUUUUGGUCAAGAUCGAGUGGGCCACUUAUAUCUUCUACAUGGCUUUCUGUGUUCUUGCAUUUGUUCUCGUCUACUUUUUCUUUGUCGAAACAAACCAGAAAUCGCUUGAAGAAAUCGAUGAAGCUUUCGGAGAUGUCAACCAUGCUGCUGUGCAUAAAGCGGACGAGCCUUAUCCGAGCGACGCAAAAGUAGCCAGUACUGAAAAGAGUCCAGUUUAA